UGUUAAACGGCACUGUUUUGAUUUUUUUCCCCAACGUUCAGCCCUCACUCACCCCCUUCCCCCAACACCCCCUGUUCAUGAAUCACUAUCUCUGAACUCAAGCAAAGUUCAAAAUCAUCCAGCCAAAACCCUAAGUUCUCUUUGCAACGAUUCUGAGACAGUGUCACCGUCGUCCGUACUGUCGGCGCCUCUAUGUCCUCUCUUGUAGCCCAGGCCCUCUCUUGUAGCUCAGCGUCCUCCUUGUCUUCUCUGUUCGAGGUUGGAGUAGCUCACCGCCGUGUCGCCGCCGUGUCGCCGCCGGUCUCCGUUCGUGUCUCCAUCGAAGUGGAUUACAAGAUUUUUACUCACUUUAAUUCCUCACUUCAGAAAGAUUUUGUUGUCGGCUUUUGAGUGUCCUCAUUGUGGUGAGAGCUCAAGUAGACAGAUCUGUGAGCUGUGGGAGGAAAGGAAAGCGCUUGAAUUGUGAAACUGAAAAGCAUCGAUCAAGAUAGCUGGUUUAUCUUGUUUCUUUUUGUGUCCUUGGUUGAGAGCUUAACACCUGUCACAGAAGCCCACCCAACAUUGUUCAAAGUAUGAAGAGAAAAAGGCUAAUAAAGAAGUAUCAAAGUCCUAAAAAAUCCCUCAAAAAUGUUGAAGAUGAUAAAUUAGUGUCAUCUCCUAAUACAAGAGGAAAUGAUCAUAUCUCAAUUUUCAAUUUUACCAAAUUCUUAAAGUGUGAACUUAUACAUGAUUGUUAUUUUUUUAUUUAAGUAAUAUAGUUUUCUCUUAUUUCUUUUAUGUUUUUACAGGUAUGAAGAGAAGAAGGCUAAUAAAGAACUAUCAAAGUCCUAAAAAAUCUCUCAAAGAUAUUGAAAAUGCUAGACUAGUGUCAUCCCCUAAUGCAAGAGGUAUUAAAAGGAGAAGGCUUAUACAAUUUGAAGAGGAAGAAGAUGAACAUAUUGAACCGAAUGUUGUAUAUGCUAGAAAAAAUGUUCAUCUCUCAAAUGAUGAAAAUGUUAUCUUGGCACGAGAAAAAAGACAUCUUUCAAGUCAUUCUAGGUCAACAUCUUCUAAAGGCACGAGUCAACAAGAGCAUAUAGCUCAAAGUUCAUCUAUUCAAAAUGAUUGUAUUAAAAGGAGAAGGCUUGUACAAUUUGAAGAGGAAGAAGAUGAACAUAUUGAACCGAAUGUUGUAUAUGCUAAAGAAAAUGUUUAUCUCUCAAAUGAUGAAAAUGUUAUCUUGGCACGAGAAAAAAGACAUCUUCCAAGUCAUUCUAGGUCAACAUCUUCUAAAGGCACGAGUCAACAAGAACAUAUAACUCAAAGUUCAUCCAUUCAAAAUGAAGUUCAUAGUCAUAGCCUAUUAGAUGCUGAUUUUCUUAAUAAUGAAGAGGUAAAUGGAGUUGCUAUUUCUAGAAAGAAGUGGAACACCACAUGGUUUGUUAUUGUUGUAGAUGAACAAGGGGUUGAAAAGAGUAUGCAUCUUAAGGUAAAAGAUGCAUUUUCCCUUCAUCAUAGUAGGAAACGAGUUCUUAUAGAAUGGAAUGGAAGUGGUCAGCCAAUUGGAGAAUCCGGUGGACUCUUGGGAGGUGUUUUAGGGCUCAUUGCAAGUAAUUUUAAUAAUUUUCCUAUAAUGUACAAAACAUGGCAUAAGGUUCCACUACAAUACAAAGAUGCUGUUUUUGAGAAUACUAUUAAGGAAGUUAAAACUGGGCGACAAUUUAGUAGAGGAGAAAUGUUUUCUAUCACUCACAAGAAAAAAGAUGGAACAUUUGUCAAUGAGGAAGCACAACAAAAGAAUGAAGACUUACAAAAGGAAAUUGGUGAGGGUGCUUCUGAAAAUGAAGCAUAUGUUAAAGUAUUUGGCAAAGAGAAUUCAAGCUAUGUUAGAGGUAUGGGAUUUGGUGUUCGUCCAUCUCAAAUGAUUGGAUCCUUAUCCCGCUCAAGAGAGUCUAUGCAAUCUACUACAACUAGUGGACCAUCAAGAACUGAAUAUCAAAACUUGAAGUUACAAGUACAAUUGCUACAAGAACAAGUAAAUUUUCUUGUGAAUCAUCAAAAGGGUCAAUUACCACCCGGUUUUCCUACUGAGGUUGCAGAUUUUGAAUCACCGACACAUACAAGACCAUAUUCUUCUGCCAGUCAUGAACCUCAACAACAUAGGCCAUCCAACGUUUAAAGGAGUUUUAUGAUUGAAUUGUUAGGUUUACAAGUUUGGAUUAAGUAGGAAUUUUUUGAAUUUACAUAUGGAUUAUUACUAUGUAAUUAAAACUUGUAGAAUUCAACUUUUGAAAUACAUUGUUGCUAUUUUUGUAAAACUUGGGGGAUUGAAUUUGGAUUUGUUGAAAAACAGUCAUUUAUGGAGAAUUCAACUUUUAAUAAUAGAAAUUUUGAUGUUGGAGA